CUAUCCGGGCGGCAGGCUCACCCAUAGGGCUCACCACCAGGUUCAUCCAGACACUUCCAGCCCAUAUCGGUGCCUCCGCGUCUGUCAGGCCCUGCUGUUGACUACAGAGGAAUUUCACCUCUGGAUCUGAGUUAAAACAUUUACGAUAAUGCCCACAAUAAAGUUACAGAGCUCUGAUGGGGAAAUCUUCGAGGUCGAUGUCGAGAUAGCCAAACAGUCUGUUACUAUCAAGACCAUGUUAGAAGAUUUGGGAAUGGAUGAUGAAGGAGAUGAUGACCCAGUUCCCCUCCCUAAUGUAAAUGCUGCCAUCCUUAAGAAGGUGAUUCAGUGGUGCACUCAUCACAAAGAUGACCCUCCUCCUCCUGAGGACGAUGAGAACAAGGAGAAGAGGACAGAUGACAUUCCUGUAUGGGACCAGGAGUUCCUCAAAGUGGACCAGGGCACCUUGUUUGAACUCAUUCUGGCUGCCAACUAUUUGGACAUCAAAGGUCUGUUAGAUGUUACCUGCAAGACGGUGGCCAACAUGAUUAAAGGCAAAACUCCAGAGGAGAUCAGGAAGACUUUCAACAUCAAAAAUGAUUUCACAGAGGAGGAAGAAGCCCAGGUACGCAAAGAGAACCAGUGGUGUGAAGAGAAGUAAAGGGGAAGACCUGCCAACACUACCACACUGAAAAGGAGUUGUCCCUUCUAACUGGUUGCACUGGCGUUGUUCAUACUUGUCAAUAUUUACAUUUAGUAUAUUUAGAGCUUCACACUCCUUCCCUUAAUUUCUGUAUACCCAUAGCAUGACCAUUUUAACUUGCCUGUGUGUUGUCAUUUAUUUAAAUAAAUAAGCUUCAGAAAAGCUGUUUCCACACACACACACGUGGUGUAUUCACAUAAAAUAAAUAGGACUGGUUUCAUGGCUUUGUACCCCUAAGAAUUAGAAGAUGUUUCCCUAUUAUUAAUCGGUAUGGUUGUCUUUUUUACUGGACAUGUUUGUUUUUCUUUUAGGUCAAUUGAUUAAAUAAAAUGGCUUUUUUGACAAUGGAGAUGAAAGGGUGAAUAUUUCAUUUUGCUCUGUAAAUGCAUCUGUUCUGUGAAACCAUGUUCAGAGAGGAUGGGCUGUUUAACGGAAAAGUGAAGUUUGAGGUGGAAAACUGUAAAUUGCAUUAAGUCCUUUGGACUCGGAAGUACUUGAGUGUUGUCACACAGCAUCGAGGACCUCAUUCCUAAUUCAUGUUGUUUUGAACUGGAAAUUUCUCAGUUAAAGUUUUUGAUGCUGGCUAUUGGGAUGAUAAAACAUUUGAAGGAGUAAAUAAAAUGCAUAAAAAGG